AUGUGUUGGGUUCUAUUUUUAUUUUCGAUAUUCUCCUAUUUUUCUCCAAUUUUAUCGAUUGAUCAAGAAUGUUAUAUGACUGUUGUGAGUUUGGGAAAUAGUUUUGAAAACAAAAAAAAUACAAGUAUUGCUCAUAUCAAACUUCCCUCACCUCUUCAAUUCCAGCCCGAAAUCGCCAAUCAUUUCGGCUACAAAUCCGAAGUGCACUUGGCCCGCACAAAAGAUGACUAUAUCCUCGAACUCCACCGAUUCCCGUGCGCUAAAAAUCAGCAAACCUGCUCUUCGAAAAAACCAGCAAUUUUCAUGCAACACGGUCUUCUAUCCGAUGGUUUUUGCUAUAUUCCAAAUAUGCCUGAACAAUCGCCUGGUUUCGUUUUUGCUGAUGCUGGUUUCGAUGUUUGGAUUGCGAAUAGUCGUGGAACUCCGGCUUCGCAAAAACAUGUUGGAUUUGGGCCGGAAGAUCAGCGAUUUUGGAAUUUUACCUGGGAGCAAAUGAGCCAAUUUGAUUUGACGGCUAGUGUUGAUUAUGUUUUGAGAAACACUUCGCAGGUUGGUUGUGGGGUCUGAAAAUUUGGUAGUUAUUUUUGUUUCCAGUUUUUUUUCUAUUCUGAAAAAAAUCAGCGCAAAAUUUCAUCUCAAAACCCGAUCAUUUGCUGCUAUCUGCAUUGAUCUUUUUUGAGAACCUGGGAGUUGGAUCUAAAUAUCUUCAUUUCGGGUGACAAAUAAUUUUUCCCCUUUCUUUUCUAUUUUCUCAUGUCCCGACGCUUCACGGGAAAAACCAAGCGUCAUCUUUUUCACUAAACAAGCUCCGCCCACUUCUCUUCUUUUUGCAAGGAAACAAAAAACCUUGAUUUUUAAAAAGCAAGCUUUUCUUUCGAUUUCAAAAUUUCUUCUUUUUUAUAAAAAAACAUUUUUUCCAAAAAUUUCAAUAAGCCCAAUAAGAUUCAAGUUUGUCUGCACAACUUUGGAUUUCUUCCAAGUCUGGGAGUUGGAUUGAAUGAUCAUCACAUCAGGCGAAAAAUGAGAGAAUUUCUCGGGAAAAAUAUGGCAAGCCUGUCGCAAGCUUGCUACGUAUUUUGGUGUUGUCGCCAGCUUGCUACACAAAAACACGCUGUUUUUCGAGUUGCCAACUUAUGUCGCAAGUCUUGCGACAUUUUUGGAUCCUUUUUUGAUGUAGCAAGCCUUGCGAUAUGGAGAAAAUUGCGUCAGUUUUCAGCCUCGCUUGGCACAUUUACUGUAGCCAGAAAAAUAAUUUUGUUUUUUUUUGUUUUGUUUUCCCUAUUUUACACGAUUUCGAAGUGAAUAGUUUAUUUUCAACGCAUUUUUUUGAGAGAUUAACAUUAUGAGCCUAGUGGGAAACGUUUAUAACGUUCUGAAUCGCUGUUUUCCGUAUGGUUAUUAUGUUUUCAAUAAAAAUAUUUUAGGAUCGGUUGGAUGGUGAGUCAACAGACAAAUCAGGCAAUUUUGGAAGAAGGAAAAUGGAUCAACAGUGUGGGAAAGAUACUGAGUGAGUUUAUUUUUAAUCAAUCGAAUUCCUUUUGCGAAAAUGUUCUAAAACGUUUCAUUUGUAGGAUCAGAAUCGUAUCAUCAAGUUGGAGUGCGUUUCGAUUGACCAUGGCUUCACAAAUCGACAAAAAUAGUAUUUUUUGAGCAAUGAUUUGAGGUAAGUUUUUUUUUUUUUUUUUUUUUUGCGAGAUUUCCGCAAAACGCAGAAAAGUUCGCGGGCUGUCUCGACGUGAGUGCAGAGGUAUGAAACACGUUUCAGCGAUAUGAGUCGUGCGCGUGGAUGGUCAAGUGGGUAAGAGGGAUGUGUGUGAGCCAGAGAGUGUCGGAUCGAGGCCGGCCGAGUGAGUAUGAUUACUUAAAAGCGAUUAGUUGUGUCUCGCGUGACCUCUACUUUUUGAUUUUUGAGAGAACACCGCGAGAUUUCCGCGAUUCGCAGACAAAAAUUCGCGAAAUCGCCGCAUGUUCGCGGCGAGGAUAAAUUGUAAUAAUUUCAUGUUUUCAAAGAGGAGAUAGACUACAAUAUUUUUCAUAUUUUAAUAAAGUACUCACAUAUUAAAAAAAAACAUGUGACUCACAUGAUGUGAGUACGUUUUAAAGGGGCUGGGACCAGGCUUGUGCGGAAAAUGGAAAUGCGUUUUCCGAUUUUCGGACUUUUUGGGAAAAUUUCGGAAAAAAUACCAGUCGCAAAAUUUUCCGGAUGAAAAUUUCGGAAAAUUUUUCCGACAGAUAAUUUCGGAAAAUGAUUUUUUCCGAAAAAGUGAAAUAAAUAACCGUUUUCAGGAUUUUUUGCUAAUUUCAUCACAAAAUAAUUUUGUUAUUUCUGAAAAACAUAGAAAGUUGUUAGUAAUAUCCAACGAAAUUACCAAAGUGCCAUGAAAACUGCUAAGUCUGUUGAAACUACUUCAAAAAUUUCCAAAAACCAACAAAUUAGUCUUUAUAUGAAAUUUCUCCAAAAUUUUCCGAAAAAAAAGUCGGAAAAAUGACUUCGGAAAAUUUUUCCGACCUGAUGGAUUCGGAAAAACACAGUUUUCCGAAAUUUUCCGAAAACCUAUUUUCCACACAAGCCUGGCUGCGACGCAAAAAAAAAACUGUAUUUCAUGAAAAAGAGCAUGCUCAAAUUAGAAGAAUCUAUGAACAAUAUAUAUAAUUUCGAAAAACUAUCCCAAGCCUGAAUAGGCGCAGUCUGAUAGCCUGUGUCUUAACAAUAUUUAAUCCAUAGCCUAUGAAACAUUGAAGCAAUCCAUAAUAUUAUAAUUAUAUUAUUUAUUAUUUCAGAGUUCAUAUUCGACAUCAAAGCAACAUCUCAAGGACGCUAAAAUUGUAGAACACCGACAACAAGAAAAAAUACAUUUUCAUCGAAUUUUUAAAGUAUAACUUUGUAAUCGUUUUGUCUUAUAUAUUAAAUGUUCAAUAAAUAGUCUCUUGGUACACUGUUCUCUACAUUUUUUAUUAGGAGGUCCAGCGAUUUUUUAUGACCUCGCGUAUGCGUUCGCAAGACUUGCGACAAAGUAGCAAGGCCUUGCUACACGUAUGUAGCAAGCUUGCUUCAGGCUUGCUACAUAAAAUGUCGCAAGCUGGCUAAAAAUGGUAGCAAGCUUGCUAAAAAUGGUAGCAACUCUUGCCAUAUUUUCCCCGAGUUCUAUCUCUUAUAUUUAUUUGUUCACCGACGUUUCACGGGAAAGAGAAGGCGCUAUCUUUUGCAUUGCAUCAGGCUCCGCCCCUUUUAUUUUUCAUUGAAAAAAAAAGCAUUUUCAGCUCAAAAACUUCCAUUUUUUCAGGAUUUCCUAUAUUAUAUGGGACACUCGCAAGGAACAAUGAUAAUGUUCGCAAGAUUAGCCGAGAAUCCGGAAUUUGGUGCGAAAAUUCGUCAAUUUCACGCGUUGGCACCAGUUGCAACGGUUUCCCACAUUGGUGGAUUGUUCCAGUUAUUUGGAAAGAAAUUCUUGGAAUAUGUGGAGAUUUUGCUGGGAAGAUUGCCCUAUACACCACUGUCGAUUCCCAAAACCAUUCAACAAAUUAUCAGCUUUUUUUGCAGGUUUGUGGAAAAUUCGGGAAAAAAACUAAAAUUUGAAUCGCCGCGCGCGCGCUAAACUAGUUGCACGCGGAGUCUCGUUGUUUUCUUUUUCUUUUUUUUCGAAAAAAUUUUAAAAUCCGGAAAAUUAUGUUUGAGCGGUGAAAUGGCGAUUUCUGGUGAGUUCUAGAGGGACAAAAUGGGGAACUCACUUUUUUCCAACUGUUUUCCAAGUCCGCUAUUCGCAAAAAUGAUGGUUUUGGGGGGAAAAUCGAAAAAAAAAACAUUUUUCGAAAAAAAUAGGUCACGCAGAAAAUUAACUUUGUGAAGCAAGCGUAGACUUCUGAAAAAAUGUAAAAUUUCACCUUAAAACCAUAAAAUGUUUCCAGCAAAUUCAUAAUGCAAGACAUUUGCACUCUGGACAUCGGCUUCAUCGAUGGCAAUGAAAAACAAUUCAAUCAAUCUCGAGUCGGCGUCUAUCUCUGCCAUACACCAGCCGCAACAUCAGUCAAAGACCUUCAACAUUGGGUGCAACUCGUCAAAUCGCAAAAAGUCGCCAAAUUCGACUAUGGAAUCGAUGGAAACAUCAUCGAAUACGGCAGAAGUACACCGCCCGAAUACGAUUUAUCCAAAAUUCAAACACCCACUUAUUUAUACUGGAGUAAGGAUGAUAUUUUGGCUGACACUCAAGAUAUUCGCGAGACAAUUUGGCGGCAAAUGAAUCACACAAUUGCUGGAAGUCUCGAAAUGCCCCAUUAUAGUCAUAUGGAUUUUGUGUUUGGUGUGAAUGCGGCACAGGAACUCUACCCGAAGAUUAUUGAGAAUAUUCGGAAGGAUUUUGAUGGCUGGAGAAAAUCGAAAAUUCACGGAUUUUGA